AUGGAACGAUCGCGAGCUGCCCAUUCUGUCGGUCUAGCCGGUCGUUACAACUCAGCCGCCUAUGAGGAAACACCAUCAAAGAGCCCAUCCUCCAUCUCGCCUGCGCACGUGGUCGUUGAAGCAGACCCGUACUUGGUCGAAUUUGAGGUGGGAGAUCCGGCAAACCCGCAUAACUGGUCGCGAGUGAAACGUUGGUACUUGACGCUCCUGGGCGGUAUCCUGGUUCUCAAUGCUACCUUCGCGAGUUCUGUGCCGUCGGGGAGCGUACCACAGAUAAUGGAGGAGUUUGGUUUUGGACAAGAAGUCGGGGCGCUCACGAUCUCCAUGUUUGUUGCUGGCUACGUCGUUGGACCGAUCCUCUGGGGACCGUUGAGCGAAGAGCUCGGGCGGCGACCAGUCUUCAUCAUCUCGUUCACCUUCUACACCGGCUUCUCCGUAGGCUGUGCGCUCAGUCGCAACACGGCGAGCAUCAUAAUCUUCCGCUUGCUCUCUGGCAUCUUUGCCGCCGCACCCUUCUCCAACUCAGGCGCCCUCGUUGGAGACAUCUGGGACGGUGCAACCCGCGCGAAAGGGAUGACGAUAUUUGCUAUAGCCCCAUUCGCGGGGCCUAGUCUCGGGCCACUGGUAUCAGGAUGGCUGGCAUAUGCCGGCGUCUCUUGGCGCUGGACGUUCUGGAUUGCGGCAAUCUUUGCCUUAAUUUGCUUGUUGUUAUCUGUCUGCACGCUGCCGGAAACAUAUGCGCCAGUCAUUCUGAAAAAGAAGGCCCAGCUCAAACUCCAAGAGACUGGCGACGUUCGCUACUGUGCCAAACUUGAAGUCCAGAAGGCCCCGCUACAGCAACGCAUUGGCAGAGUUCUGGGCACGCCCUUCAAGAUCUUGUUUCAGGAGCCCGUUCUAAUCGCAAUCACUGCAUAUAUGAGCUUCAUCUUUGGAAACGUAUACCUCGUCUUCUCGUCUUACCCAAUAGUCUUUACGCAAGGGCACGGUCUCAACUCCGGUGUCUCCGGCAUGAUGUAUCUGCCCAUCCCUGUUGGCGGGAUCAUCGGUUGUGUGGUCUACCUGACAUACUACAACCCUCGCUACUCUCGCGCCGCCCAAGAGCUCUCGCCAGCGCCCGUGCCACCCGAAAAGCGGCUCGAGAUGUCGUUGAUUGCUGGCCCCAUAUUCGCCGCAUUCUUCUUCAUCUUCGGCUUCACGUCGUAUCCUAGCAUCAACUUCUGGGUGCCGCUGGUGUCUGGUGUCUUGAUCGGCGUCGGCAAUCUGUUGAUCUCCCUGUCGUUCAUCAACUACAUCGUGGACAUGUACAAGCUCUACGCGGCCAGCGCGUUGGCUGCCAAUACCGUCGUGCGCUCUAUCUUUGCGGCAGUCUUCCCGUUGUUCGGACAUCAGAUGUACUCCAGCCUAAACCCGAGAUGGGCGUCGCUGCUCUUGGGUUGCUUCGCUAUGCUCCUGGUGCCUAUCCCCUUCCUUCUCGUCAAGUAUGGCCCUGCACUACGUGCUCGCAGCAGAUUUGCGCCGGAAGCGUCGACCUACGUGCCCAGUGUUAGUCCCGAGAAAGAGUGUGUGUAG